AUGAAAUUUCAGCAGAUUUUUUCAACGUUUGUCAAGCAUCGUCUAUUAAUCAAGUUUCUUUUCCUUCUUACAAGUCAUUUUCGAAUCAAUAUCGUUUAUCAAUUUAGACCCAAGUUCAAGAUGAAAUCUUUGUUUAUUUUUAUUUCCAUUUAUGGAAUUUGGACGGCAGUGAAGGGUGCCUCGGUAAUAGCACCUCAAUCACAAUCACAAUCACAGUCAUUGCCGUCGAACUCAACGAUUGCCGGAAUGGAGGAUGAGUGUCUUGAAAAAAUUGAAAACGACGAGGACACACUUGAAGACGUAUUCAAAUUGAAAUUCACGUUCGACCGCAUUUUUAACAAAAUUUCUCAGAAUGUAAAGCAUCGAAAUUCUCUGGAGUCAAUUGAUAAAGCAAUCGAUGAAAUUUGCUAUCCGGCCAUUGCUGACGACCAUUUAUACACAUUGAUAAUGAAAGUCGUGAAACUCUGCUUGGAUGAAGAAGCAUCCUUCACUCACGAAGAAAAGGAACAGAUUAAAGUUAAAUUGGAACGAAUAUUUUGCAGUGUCUAUAUGAAAAUUGCUGCAAUAACGUCAUUCUCGACGGAAUGCAUGAGUGACGUUAAAUUUAUAAACGAGAUGGAAAAAUGUGGUAAAGAUCAGGCAGUCAACACAAAUGCUCCAGCUCGAGAUUGGUUUUUCGGCAGUCCUGAAAUCUGCAUGGCUCAAACUAAAGCAAUUUAUUGUGUCAGUCAAAUAAUAAAGAGAGAGUGUCCUUCUGAUAUCGCUGAAAAGAUGGAUUCCACAAUGAUGGAAGCUCAAAAUAUUUUAGGCUGUGACUCAGAUCCAAACUCAAUUUUUGUUAUAAAUCUCUUGUAAAUUUCAAUCAUGAAUGUAAAUAAUAAUCGCCUAUGAACAAUUUAAGUAAAAUAAUAAUAAAAAUAAUAAUUUUCUA